CGCUGCCUGGGCCGGAGGGCGCCUUUGGCCGGGGAAGCGCCAAAGGAAGGCGCGCUAGCGGCCGGGGUCGGGUCUGCGAGGACCAGGGGCCGGGGGGCGGGAGGGAAACCGCGGGGCUGCACCUGGGGCGCCCCGGUCUGGUCCGCGGCGCCGCCUAUUUUUAAUAGCAUCUUUUGGACUCGUUUCCUUGGUCUCAGUCCUCGACCUCGGCGCUGCCUGGGCUCUCGCAGCCUCUCCCUAGGUCUACUCCAAACGACCACCUCGGAUUCCUUAUGGAUCGCAGCUCCAAGAGGAGGCAGGUGAAGCCUUUGGCAGCUUCUCUGCUAGAAGCUCUCGAUUAUGAUAGUUCAGAUGACAGUGAUUUUAAAGUUGGAGAUGCUUCAGAUUCUGAAGGGAGUGGUAAUGGAAGUGAAGAUCCUUCAAAGGACAGUGGAGAAGGUUCCUGUAGUGAUUCUGAAGAAAAUAUUUUAGAGGAAGAACUGAAUGAAGAUAUUAAAGUAAAAGAAGAACAACUUAAAAAUUCUGCAGAGGAAGAAGUACUAUCAUCAGAAAAACAGUUAAUUAAAGUGGAAAAGAAGGAGGAAGAAGAGAAUGGAGAGAGACCUAGAAAGAAAAAGGAAAAAGAGAAGGAGAAAGAAAAAGAUAAAGAGAAGGAGAGAGAGAAGGAUAAAGAAAAAGCAACAACAUCUGAUAACGUGGCUGCUUCUGCUGCUUCCACCACACCAGCCACAAGUCCUCCUGCUGCUAACACAUCUCCUUCAGUCCCCACUACGACAACUACAGACGAACAAGUCAGUGAGCCAAAAAAGUGGAACCUUCGUCGCAACCGACCACUUUUGGAUUUUGUAUCCAUGGAAGAGCUGAAUGACAUGGAUGACUAUGAUAGUGAAGAUGACAAUGAUUGGCGACCCACUGUAGUAAAAAGAAAGGGAAGAUCUGCAUCUCAGAAGGAAGGAAGUGAUGGAGACAAUGAGGAUGAUGAAGAUGAGGGAAGUGGGAGUGAUGAGGAUGAGAAUGAUGAAGGCAAUGAUGAAGAUCAUAGCAGCCCUGCCAGUGAAGGGGGUUGCAAGAAGAAGAAAAGUAAAGUUCUUAGCAGAAACAGUGCUGAUGAUGAGGAACUGACCAAUGAUAGCCUGACACUAUCUCAGAGCAAGAGUAAUGAGGACUCGCUGAUUCUUGAGAAGAGUCAAAACUGGAGUUCUCAAAAAAUGGACCAUAUUCUGAUUUGCUGUGUUUGUCUUGGAGAUAAUAGUGAGGAUGCUGAUGAAAUAAUUCAGUGUGACAAUUGUGGCAUUACAGUCCAUGAAGGUUGUUAUGGAGUUGAUGGAGAGAGUGACUCUAUUAUGAGUUCAGCUUCUGAAAACUCCACUGAACCUUGGUUUUGUGAUGCCUGUAAAUGUGGUGUUUCCCCUAGCUGUGAACUAUGUCCCAAUCAGGAUGGAAUUUUCAAGGAGACAGAUGCUGGAAGAUGGGUUCACAUUGUUUGUGCCCUGUAUGUUCCUGGUGUAGCCUUUGGAGAUAUUGACAAAUUGCGACCAGUAACACUAACAGAAAUGAACUAUUCCAAAUAUGGUGCCAAGGAGUGUAGCUUUUGUGAAGACCCUCGUUUUGCUAGAACUGGAGUUUGCAUUAGCUGUGAUGCAGGGAUGUGCAGAGCCUAUUUCCAUGUGACCUGUGCUCAGAAGGAAGGUCUGCUUUCAGAGGCAGCAGCAGAGGAGGAUAUAGCAGAUCCAUUUUUUGCUUAUUGUAAGCAACAUGCGGAUAGGUUAGACAGAAAAUGGAAGAGAAAAAACUACUUGGCUCUACAAUCCUAUUGUAAAAUGUCUUUACAAGAGAGAGAGAAGCAACUAUCACCAGAAGCACAGGCAAGGAUCAAUGCCCGGCUUCAGCAAUAUCGUGCCAAAGCAGAACUAGCUCGGUCCACCAGACCCCAGGCCUGGGUUCCAAGGGAAAAAUUGCCCAGACCGCUCACUAGCAGUGCUUCGGCCAUUCGUAAACUUAUGCGGAAAGCAGAACUAAUGGGGAUCAGUACAGAUAUCUUCCCAGUGGACAAUUCAGAUACUAGUUCUAGUGUCGAUGGAAGGAGAAAACAUAAGCAACCUGCUCUCACUGCUGAUUUUGUGAAUUAUUAUUUUGAGAGAAAUAUGCGCAUGAUUCAAAUUCAAGAAAAUAUGGCUGAACAAAAGAAUAUAAAGGAUAAAUUAGAGAAUGAACAAGAAAAGCUUCAUGUGGAAUAUAAUAAGCUGUGUGAAUCUUUAGAAGAACUACAAAACCUGAAUGGAAAACUUCGAAGUGAAGGACAAGGAAUAUGGGCCUUACUAGGCAGAAUCACAGGGCAGAAGUUGAACAUACCGGCAAUUUUGCGAGCACCCAAGGAGAGAAAACCAAGUAAAAAAGAAGGAGGCACACAAAAGACAUCUACUCUUCCUGCAGUACUUUAUAGUUGUGGAAUUUGUAAGAAGAAUCAUGAUCAGCAUCUUCUUUUAUUGUGUGAUACCUGUAAACUCCAUUACCAUCUUGGAUGUCUGGACCCUCCUCUUACAAGGAUGCCAAGAAAGACCAAAAACAGUUAUUGGCAGUGUUCAGAAUGUGACCAGGCAGGGAGCAGUGACAUGGAAGCAGACAUGGCCAUGGAAACCUUACCAGAUGGGACGAAACGAUCAAGGAGGCAGAUUAAGGAACCAGUGAAAUUUGUUCCACAGGAUAUGCCUCCAGAACCCAAGAAGAUUCCAAUAAGAAACACGAGAACCAGAGGACGAAAACGAAGCUUCAUUCCUGAGGAAGAAAAACAUGAGGAGAGAGUUCCUAGAGAGAGGAGACAAAGGCAGUCUGUGUUACAAAAGAAGCCCAAGGCUGAGGAUUUAAGAACUGAAUGUGCAACUUGCAAGGGAACUGGAGACAAUGAAAACCUUGUCAGGCAACUUCAUAAUUCCAUCUUCCCAAAACUUAUUAUCUUUUUGAGCAAAGAACUGUUCCAGGUGCCUUUUACAGUCUUCCAGAGAAUCAAAAUUUUUUCCAUUAAGAGAAUUUUGUACAGACCUAAAUAAAUGGAAAUCUGAAGAUGCAAUGUCUGGUGAAUACGGCAGAUGAAUCAGAACUUCCCAGCCAAGCUGUAACAGUUUUUGCCUGGUCAUCAAAGAAGCAUGUGGUCUUGCUUUAUCCUGCUGGAAGAUUAUGUGUUUUCUGUUGACUAAUUCUGCACGCUUUUCGUCAAGUGCUGCUCUCAGUUGGUCUAAUUGGGAGCGGUACUUGUUGGAAUUAAUCCUUUGGUUUUCCAGAAGGAGCUCAUAAUAGAGGACUCCCUUCCAUUCCCAGCAUAUAUACACAUCUUUUUCUUUAGAUGAAGACCGGCCUUCGGUGUGGUUGGUGGUGGUUCAUUUCGCUUGCUCCACGAUCUUUUCCAUUCCACAUUAUCGUACAGUAUCCACUUUUCAUCGCGCAUCACAAUUUAUUUUAAAAACGGAACGUUUUCAUUACGUUUAAGUAGAGAAUCGCAUGUGGAAAUAUGGUCAAGAAGGUUUUUUUCGCUUGACUUAUGUGCAGCCCAAACAUCAAAGUGAUGAACAUAAGCAAGCUGGGACAAAUGAUUUUCAAUGCUUGACAUAUUUUGAGUAUGUUGCCUAUCUCCUGCAUGGUAUAACGGUCUCAGUUAAUAUCUCAAUUUGAUCGCUGUCAACUUCAACUGAUCUACCAGACCAUGGAGCAUCGUCCAGCAAGAAAUCUCCAGCAUGAAACUUCGCAAACUACUUUUGACACAUUGAAUCAGUCAUAGCACCUUCUCCCUACAAUGCACAAAUCUUGUUUUGUGUUUCAGUUGCAUUUUUACCUUUCUUGAAAUAAUAAAGCAUAAUAUGCUGAAAAUGUUGGUUUUUUUCUUCCACCUUCAGUGUCAAAAUGGCUACACAAAAAUUCACCACUUUAGGGGCUUCCCUGGUGGCGCAGUGGUUGAGAGUCCGCCUGCCGAUGCAGGGGACAUGGGUUCGUGCCCUGGUCCGGGAACAUCCCACAUGCCGCGGAGCGGCUGGGCCCGUGAGCCAUGGCCGCUGAGCCUGCGCGUCCGGAGCCUGUGCUCCACAACGGG